CAAUGUUAGAAUUACUACCUGAAGAAGAAAAGAUUUACUAUAGUUAUGAUAGUAUAUGUAAUAGUGCCCCGAACAUUGAAGAAUUGCAGAUGCUUUACCCUGUUGAAUUCUUGAAUAGUUUAAAUUUUAAUGGUUUUCCACAACAUGAUUUACAUUUGAAAAUAAAAACACCGAUAAUGUUGUUGCGAAACUUGAAUCCUGUUGUUGGUUUAUGCAAUGGAACUAGACUAAUAAUUAUCCAAUUAGGUGUUAGAGUAAUUGAAGCUCAAAUUAUAACUGGUUCUUUUGCGGGUGAGCGAGUUUUUAUACCACGCAUAGUUUUGUCGGUGGCUGAAAAAAAAUGGCCUUUUAUUUUAAAGCGACGACAAUUUCCAAUCAGAAUAUGUUAUUCAAUGACAAUAAAUAAAAGUCAAGGUCAAACUUUAAAUAGAAUUGGUAUAUACUUAGAUAAACCCGUUUUCACGCACGGUCAAUUAUAUGUUGCAUUAUCACGUGUAACACAUGAAAAUGGUAUAGGAAUUCUAAUUCAAAAGCAUGAAAACGAUGAAUCAAAUGAGUUUACAAACUUCACAAAAAAUGUUGUCUACACUGAAAUACUAGAACAAGUAUCAGUUGCUUGAUAUUUUGACAUUUAUAUAUUUAUUAUUAAAAAGAUGAUGCAACUUAUGAUCUGUACAAAUUUUUGACGUAACAAGAGAUGCGAAAAACGUUAUCAUUGCACACAUCGUAAGAAUAUGGGAUUUUGUUAAUCUACAUACAUCGUCCUCUACACGUAGCUUUAGGUUUCUUCCUAUAGAUGAAAAGGUAUGCACAAGUUACUUUAUAUUCUUAUGGUAACAAUAGUUUUAUAUUUUUAAAAUAUAUUUAUAUUACUUACCCACAUUUAUCUUACAGGUAUAUACAAUCCCAGGAACAGGUAGCUGCAAUAUUUCAGAGCGAUUUUAGAAACACUAUAAAGCUGUUGCAGCUCUACAUUCAUGCAGACAAGAUACUAUUCAUUGUUGGUAAAUUUAGCAUAAUAUUUAUUGCAAGAAAUUGGUGUCAUGUCUUGUGGUCAAAUUCUUAUGAUUUUU